CUGAUUUCAGGGACUUCCUUUUGACGCACUAUUGGUCUCUCCUAAAUGGUUUAACUGUCGACGUCCGCCGUCUGACCUCGAAUUUCUCUGGUCGGACACAUCCGCCCCUCAUUCACCUUCAUGUCGCUACCCCACACCAUCUACUCGUAUCUAGCAUUAUCUCCUACACAUGGAAGUUCAUACGUUGGUUUGUGCGCCGGGGAAGCCUCUUCCCCCCGCACAACCCCAGCUUUCCGCAGCCGCAGCGCCUGAGAAAAGAAAGCGGGUCCGUCGAUGGCAUCACCGAGGAUUUACAGGCUGUUCGACAUGUCGUCGACGCCACGUCCGCUGCGAUGAAGCAUCGCCGUCUUGCAAAAACUGUACACGCCUGGGUCUUGAAUGCGAUGGCACUCAGGGUCGUAUGACCUUCAAAGUCUACGGACCGCCGCAAGCGGAUUCGUCUCCCGCCACCGCCAAGAAAUGCGACAAAAAGAUCAAGAGCGAAGGGGACAAGCAAGUGAAGCAGGAGCCGGCAGGAGACGAGAAUGAGCCCUUCGAAACAUUAGUUGUGUCUCCAACAACUGUGUCCGACCUGAAGCCUAUAAAAUAUCGCUUCCAAGACCCCAUCUCUCCCGCCGAGUUUUUAUCCUCGUCACUGGACUGCGUCGAAGGCCGGUAUUACACUCAUUUCGUCGACCAGGUCUCUACUCUACUCCUCAUCUAUGAUAAUUCGAACAACAUAAAUCCCUACCGAAGAUUCUUCCCUGAGCUCGCUCGAUCCUCAACGUCAAUGGCUAGCGCUAUGCAAGCCAUGGGUGCGUUGCACCUUGCCAAUACAUCUAAAGGGCAACAGCGAAACAAGCACUUCCAACAAGCCAUGAGCAAUUAUGGCGAGGUUGUCAAGUCCUUUAGAACCCGAUAUACGGACCCCGACCACAGCGUGCGACUUACGGAUUUCGCCACCUGUCUUUUACUGUCACUGUUCGAGAUGAUGGAUUCUCAACAUCACAACUGGGCUAUCCAUCUUAAAGGAGCCCGAGAAAUUUACCGAAUACUUUUCACCCCUAAUGACGACCCGGACAAAGAAGCCAAGCGCCUCGCUGAAAUCAAUCACCCACUUCGACCCUUCCUCGUAUCGCUGCUCUCAUACUUAGACGUUGCAGGUGCCUGUGCCACCAGUGAGGGAACCGUGGUGGAAGGCAGCUAUUGGACAACACACGGAGGUGGCUGGGAGUACAAUCUGGGUACACCAAGCCUGUCGACCGAACAACCUGCUUAUAGUCACCAUCUUGUUGAAUUGCGCCAAUGUUGGUCCGCUAUGAUGGAGAUUCAAGCAGCCAUCAGUGCCUUUGGAAAAGCGAAACAAGAUGGUCUGAUGCCGUUCGAACAACAAGACUUGGUUUAUCACGAGCUAUUACAGCGGCUGGUACAAUGGCGUCUGAACGCACCACAGGCACUGCAGAUGUUAGGCGAACUAGACGAUGAGAGCUUGCGACAAUAUCCAUACCCCGAUGUCCUUGAGUAUGCCGGGUGUAUCGAAGCAUAUGAAAAGGCCACCAACAUAUUCCUACAUCGGGUUGGAGCAGCAGGCCGUCCUGAUAUACAGCCCCAAAGGGCGCUGUUAGACAUGCUUGCUACGCGAAUCUUGGCGUUGAUUGGAAAGCUCGCAAAGGAUGUGGGUCAGUUGGCGGUACUAUGGCCACUCUUUACAGCUGGCCGAGAGUCACGGAACGAGAGCGAGCAGAAAUUUGUGCGGCAGACCAUGACUGAUCUCCAGCGGUUCGGGUUUAAGAAUGUUGAUAAGGCCCUCGAGGAACUGGAACAAGCGUGGUUCAAGCAGCGAGCUUUCCCAGAAGGUUGGAUUGACACUAUGGACGAUAUACGCUCCUCAAUCCUCCUCCCUUGAACAAAACCGCUUCGUGGCUCGCUGAUGAUAUUCUCUGCGAUUAACGACCGCCCUGAGCCAUCUUGCCAUGGUAUUUGACGAUUUAUAAUGGACAUAAGUUAUAUGGAACGGGGAAAACACGGAGUCUGCGUAUUGGUGUAAUACUGGCGUUAUAUUGGGGAACUAAGGGUGUUCGGCUGGGCUGGACCCUUAGACUUGGAUUUGCGGAGCGUGAGGAAAUAUUCUUCGCAAAUGGUUUGAAUAUAUGUGCUGUUUGGGUGACGGAUUUGUGCUGUUUUUAUUCUACUGGAGUGGGAUCACUGUUGUACAGAUACAGGCAAGGCUUACUGAAAGUCAUAUAUAGAGUUACCCCUUGGCACCCGUGAGAGCUAGCUGCUUCUUACACUCUCUGAAAUAGAACAAAAUCUAGUAUCUGAUAUC